GGAAUACAGUGCUAAUGAGGAGUUCGUCGAAUAAAUCUGGAAACACAAACAGUUUGUUUUUUUUGCCGGUUGGUGGGGUAACCAUGAUAAGCAAGAAAACGCAGACACUGAUAUUUAGAUGCCAAUUAUACUACAGAAAACGGAUCGCAGACGCUGCUUCGUGCAAAGAUUGUUGACCCACUAGCCGCACACUUCAGCGAACAGAGCCCUUGUUAGUGAUAGUAGCAGCCAAGUUGGUAUUUUCUACUCACGCCGAAAAUUAACGCAGAAGAAACAAGAUGACAGCGAAUACCGGCAGCAGCUUCGCGACCAUGUUCCUGAGCUGCCUCUCGGGUCUGCUCGCGGCAGUCCUUCUCUCUUCGCCCAGUCUGCUCGUUGGUGUACUUACAUGCAGGUUAUUUUGUUGGAGGACCCAGUCGACGCCGCGGCUCGGUCGUGACGGGCGAAGAUGCGGUUACUACACCAGCGAAAAACUCUGCUGCCGACGAAUUAUUACCUUCCAGCGAGGACGAGGAUGAUGAGCUGGGCGGUGUGAUGAACACGAGCACGAGCAUGUUGCAAGAUCGCGUCACAGCUUCCAGUGGUGCAACGCGCGUCGGCACCAAAGCAGGACAUGCGACGAAAACCGGCGCUUUGCGGCGCGCUAGCGUCCCCGCGGACGAGGGAGAGGAAGAUGAAGAUCGAGAACAGCAUGUUGGCCUCGAUGAAGAUGACAGUGUAGAAGAAUCUUCUUCUGCUGCUUGUCCGUACGACGGGUUUUUGGCCAAGGUGGCGCCCGAGGGGUUAUCCAACCCGAGGGAGGAAGAUUUUGAACAGAAAAUGGUCUAUGUGGCUGCGACCAAGGAGGUGCUGGACAAUCCGGACGACGAGUACUACAAAAUCACGGACACCGGGAUCACUUUCACGAAAGUAAGCACUAUGGAGCCGCGGUCCUCCUUCUACCUCGUGAAAAACUGCCCCAAGUUUGACGAGGACGGCGUGAUCGACAAGGCCAGCCUGACGCGGUGGCGAUUUGGGGACAAAAGCCACAUUAUCAAAUGUAAAAAUGUGUGGGUCUGGAAACUUGUGAUGCUGGGUGGCGUAUCAUGAGGAGGCCACAGGUGCUCGCUCAGCAUGACAAGUUUCUGAGCUUCUAGGUGUUGCCUAGUCUGCAUGACAAACUGCGUCUCUGCAUGACAGAAAAGUGGCGCUCUUGGGUAACGUGCAUGACAGAUUUGAGAGUCAUGCCAGACAAGCAUGACAAACAUGCGCUCUUCCAGACCCAGACAUUGUUGCACUUGAUUCACAUUCAGCUCAACAUCGACCGCGGGGACGUGGACCACGGCUGCAUGGUCGCCGCUUACUUCACCGGCGGCCCCGUCGCGGGCCCGUCGCCCAACAAGGACCACUACUGCGACGCGCAAAAAAACAAGGGCUGGGCGCCCUGCUGGGAGAUGGACGUGGCGGAGUCGUUGGAACACGGUUGGGUUGCAGCCUCGCACCAAGCGGACGACCCCUGGGGGAAACAGUACGCGAACACCUCCAACGACACGGGCAUGCCGCCCGAAAAACUGCGGUCCGCGCGGUGGACGCUGCGCGACGGGAAAGACCUCACGGGGCCGGGGGAGGUGGCCGGUUCCUCUUCGGACGAGGAACUGCAGCGACUGAUGGGGGAACAGGGCGGAAUGUUCGUGCUCUCCGUGUGGUCGUUCGACCAGGUUGGUAGCCAGGGUUGGCCCCCCGUUUUCAAGCAGAAGGACUGCCCCUACGGCGACGACAAAGUGUACAACAUCACUUUUUCGGAUUUCCGGAUUUCGGAGUCGCCAAAACCAACCUCGGGGUCCACCAACGCGGCUCUUCUGAUGUCGACCAGGCGGGCAGGAGCAGGGGGAACAAGGGCAACCGCAACACAUGCUGGACAUGCAGCUCACUCGAUCGGGGGAUCCGGUGGCGCAACACAUGCUGGACAUGCAUCUUCACGUCGAUGA